CGCCGCCGCUGCUGCCGCCGCUGCCCGCCGCUGUUUCUGCUUCCUCUGCUUUCUCGCCCUCUCUUUUUUCCCCUCCGUCAUCAGCGCCUCCUUCCAGCCGUCGUCACUUCUGGCCGCUCGGUCUGGGGUCCGAUCCUGUCUGGAAAAUGUCUGAUGAAUUUUCAUUGGCAGAUGCUCUACCAGAACAUUCGCCUGCAAAAAAUUCUACUGUGAGCGGUACAAAACCUGGUCAACCACCACAGGCUUGGCCAGGUUCCAAUCCUUGGAAUAACCCAAGUGCUCCACCUUCUGUGCCAUCUGGACUUCCACCAAGUGCAUCACCCUCCAGUGUGCCUUUUGGACCUACACCCACAGGAAUAUAUCCUUCAGUGCCUGCUGGACCACCCCCUGGACCGCCAGCACCCUUUCCUCCCUCUGGACCAUCUUGUCCUCCACCUGGUGGUCCUUAUCCAACUCCAUCUGUGCCAGGUCCUGGCCCUACAGGGCCAUAUCCUACACCAAAUAUGCCUUUUCCAGAGCUUCCAAGACCAUAUGGGCCGUAUCCUACUCCUCCUCAAGCACCGACAACAGCACCACCUAUUCCAUGGGGAGCUGUCCCACCUGGAGCAUGGGGACCACCUGCGCCAGCUCCAUUCCCGGCACCUAUGGGAUCAUAUCCUGCGCCAGGACUCUAUCUUACUCCUAAUAAUCCUUUUCAAGUGCCUUCUGGACCUACUGGUGCUCCACCAAUGCCUGGUGGUCACCAUUCUUACCAUUGAGUUUUUGAUGGACAAUGAGACGACUCUACUUUCCAGAUGCUCUUGGGACAUUUCACAGAAAGGGUCUCAGACAACUCAAAGAAGACUUGGCUCUUGGACCUGGAUAUACACUUGGAAUAAUUAGAGAUAAUAUCAUAAACUUUAAAAUUAUUCGUAUGUUUUUUUCAUUUGUUGUACUAAGGGGAAUCAAAAUAAUUAAGUAUGUUCACUAACUCUUGGUAGAAUUUGUGGAAUAUUUCAUUUUUUUAAAAUUAUGAAACCACACACCUAAGUCUAUGUUGAUGUGGAUACUAAUUACCUAUAACUUGUUGGAAAUUAUUUCAAAUAUUUUCUUUGAUAUCUUUGUUUCCCUGAAUAAACAUAUUUCUGACAAAUCAUUUUGCCAUAUGUUUAAAAAAAAAAGACCAAAUAAAUGCCUCUGAGCAUUUUGAACAGUAUUGUCUACAGAGUAAAUAAACUUUGUGCUCCUGGGUUAUAA